CCCAAUGGUGGGAUUGUUUUUUACAUAUUUGUACAUGUACACAAAGUAACAGUAUACUUUGGCCAAUAUUAUUCCCCAGUAUUUCCCCUCCCCUCCCUUUCCUGAUCCCUGAGUAUCUUAAAAUCUUCAUAUUCUUUAACCAGGAGUGUAUAGGAACCAAAGAGUCUAUUUUAUGUUGUCUUUGUCUCUGUGGUGGGAGAUAGUAGAGUUAGAAUAAUUGAGUUUCAGUUCCAGGGUCUUCAAAGUUCAAAAUCAACAGCCAGAAACAAGAUCACUAAGUACAAUAGAUGUGUUUUUAGGGUUGAGAGGCAAAAAUCUGGGUUCUGGGUUCUAAUAUGUAUUAAGACUAAGACUUUUGGGCAAAACAUUUGCCUCACAUUGUGUAUUUUUCAUCUGUAAAAAGAGGGAAACUUUAUGUCUCUAAAGCCCUCCUAGAGCAAUAGUGUUUGUUAUAAUUACCAAAAUCAGGGAGGCUGGGGAUGUCACUCAAUGGUAGAAUGCUUCCCUAGCAUGCUGGAAGCCUUGGGUUCAAUCCCCAGAACUGAAAGAAAAGAAAACAAAUCCAAACCUGGGGCAUAUGCUCUAAGGCUGUGUGUUUUAACAUGUAUUCUUAUGUAUGCUUUCUGUUUGUUGUAUUAAAAUGAUGGUGAAACAUUGAAUUAGACUGUUGGGUUGUAGCAUAGCACAGUUAACAGCACAUUGAAUCCCACAUGUUCCAAUCCUGAUUUUAUUAUUUAUUAAUUACUCAAUAUCUCUAAAUCUUUGUAAGCUCCAAUCUCGCCACAUUUGAAAUGAUAUCUAUCUCAUAUUUGUUGUGAGAAUUAAAUAGAUAAUAUAUAAAGGGUAAAGAAAAUAGUGUUGAAUAUAUGUUCACCAUUACCAUUAGUUUCAAUAUUAAUAAAAAUUGAUACUAUUGAUGCAGUGUAGAACGUCUCUGAGUAGAUUGCUGAAGAAUAACUAUGACUAUCAAAGAAGGUACUAAGUUCUCAUUGCUAGGUUUUAAGUAGAGGGAUCAGAUAGAAGGUGCUAAGUUCUCUGAAGACCUCUUCUGGUUACCAAAUAUUUCUGACACUGAUAGAUUCUAGCAUUUGGGGAAACACUAGCCUGAGGAUCUAAGCAAAUGGAAAGCAAACAUUAUGAUGAUGUCAAAAGGGGAGUCUCUAUGCAUAAGAACCUCUAAAUUAAGUCAGAGAUUGCCAAAUUAUUUGUGUUCUAAGUAUUUAGGGGAACUUAAGGAAAUGAGAAAAGAGUUUACUCUUUAACUCUCAAGACUGUCCAUGCUCUACAACCACUACUUCUACUAAUGCUUCUAUCGUUGCCACUCUUAUGGCCUCCUAAUAUGAGUGCCCCUUACAUCAAACAUGGUUCUAAGCACUAAAAACACUAAGGAUUGUUACUCAUCUUUAAAAUAGUAUUUCUCAUUAUUCCUUGGUAUAUAACUGGUACUGCUGAGUGGGGGAGAAGUAUAGUCAAAAAAGCAGAAAUGUAGUCGGUAUUCCCAGGCAAACAGAUCCUGAACCCAAGAAAACAGGGAAAGGAAAAUGUAAUCAGAGUCAUAGUUCAUUUCUUUUUCCUAACAGAGGCAAAGAAAGUGUAGUUUCUCAGCUGAGUGAUGACAACAUUACAGAAGAAAGAAGAAUGUGGAAAGGGACCAAAGAAAACCUUUGCCCCACCUACUCAAAAAUUGCAUAGCAUGAUAUUGCAUGGCCCUAACUCACACAGAGAUGAGACCCUGGGGAUCAGUUCCCCAAUGGCAGAAGCCAAGCCAAGCCUACCAAAAGCCAGGUUAGAGGAAGAGGAGAAGGCAACCACAGAGGAUGGUCCAGGGGUUGGUCAGGAGAAAAAAGGAAAGGCUCAAGACAGCAAGCCAUCAGAGAAGAAAGAAAAGGGAAAAUCAAGUCUUACCAAUGCAGAAUUUGAAGAGAUUGUCCAGAUUGUGCUUCAGAAGUCCCUUCAGGAAUGCUUGGGUACGACUUGUGGGAUGGGAUCUGGUCUUAAUUUUGCAGCGACUUCCUGUGUCCAAACCAUAGUACAUACUGAGUCAGACAGAGAACCAGGCAUUGCUUCUGCUACUGAUCAUGAUAAUGCUGAUGGAGAGAGGAAAAUGGUACCUCAUACUCCAGAGAUUUCAGCCUCUAUAGAAGAUGAACUUACCCCAGAGCUAAGGAUAUCUAAAUCAGGCCAGCCAGUUCCUGCAUCCUCUGAGAAGAAAUUUAAUAGACUUUCCUUAAGCAAAAGAAAGAAGGAAACACAAUAUGAAAAAAUGGAGAAAGUUCAAGGUGGACAUGAGUGCAGAGGGAAAGACCAAUCAGAGAAAAUGAUUCGGGGUGAUUCUCAGAUCAGAGGUCAGCAAAAAGGAGAAGAAAGUGGUUUUGGUCGAUGUUUAGUUUGGGUCCAGUGUUCCUCUCCAAACUGUGAGAAAUGGAGGCGGCUGCGUGGGAACAUUGACCCCUCAAUUCUCCCAGAUAAUUGGUCUUGUGAGCAGAAUACAGACUUGGAUUAUAAUCGCUGUGAUAUUCCUGAGGAGAUCUGGACAGGGCGUGAGAGUGAUGUGGCCUAUGCCUCCUAUGUCCCAGGAUCCAUCAUCUGGGCCAAGCAAUAUGGUUACCCCUGGUGGCCAGGCAUGGUAGAAUCUGAUCCUGACCUGGGGGAAUAUUUUCUCUUCGCUUCUCAUCUUGAUUCUCUGCCUUCUAAGUACCACGUGACAUUUUUUGGAGAAACAGUUUCUCGUGCUUGGAUCCCAGUCAACAUGCUAAAGAAUUUCCAGGAGCUGUCCCUGGAGCUAGCAGGAGUGAAAAAGUGCAGGAAUAAGGACUACAGCCAGAAACUGGUGGCAGCCAUCAUGAUGGCUCAGAAGGCAGAACAGACCAGCAUUGGGGAGAGGGUCAACUUGUUUGGUUUCUGGAGCCGUUACAGUGGAUCUGACAGCAGUGGGGAUGGAAAAGACUUAAUGCUUUCUGGGGCUAACAGCCCAGAGUCCUGCUUGGAAAAAGAAGAAGAGGAAUCAGAGAUAGAGGAGGAGAAAGAAGAGAAAAGAGACCCAACUUUGCCUGGUCCCAAGCCAACCAAAACACAUUCAAAAAAGUCCAAGGCAAGACGCAUGACAGAUGGACAAGAUGCGACCGUGAAAAAGAAGAUAGUGAAGAGACCUCUGGGCAGUGAAUCCAUGGUGCCUCCUGAACCCAUAAUGGGAAGGAAAGAAGGGCAAAGGACUUCAAAUCUGGACCAGCCAGGCCCUAAGAAAAAAUUCCAGGUUCCCCAAAACAAGGCCUUAGCAACCACCUUGUCUCAGGAAAAGGAAGUUAGAAUGAUGCCAAAGGGCCCAACCCAACCAGCUCCUCAUGGGGCUUGUCCCCUGGAGGGAAAAGAAGGGCUUAGACCCCAGGAGCCUCCAACUAAAGAAGCUGAAAGUAUCCCCACUGAAGAUGAAGCCUCCAGUGACCUGGAGCAACUCAUGGAAGAUAUUGGAGGAGAGUCCAAGGAGCAAGGGGAGCCGCGGCACGGAGAGGAUGCAGAGGGGUUCCCCGCGGCCUUUUUUGAGGAGUAGUCCUGUGCUCUUACCCUGCUGAUCUCUAGCAGUGAGGAGUCUCUCGGGGUCCCUGAGCAGAUAACUGUUGGGGUUGUUAAUUGGCUACAAGGUUCAAUUCAGUUGUGCAGUUUAUGUGUUAAUAAAGCAGGUUACUGACGUGAUUGGUUUGGUUUGUCUCUAAGCAGUGCUUCAUUUUGGCUUCUUUCCCUCCACAUGUCACUGUGGCACAUUAGUGCCUCUGAUGGGAGGCUUG